AUGCCUAUCUCUGGUGUGACCAACCGCGACACCAUCCGGCAGGGCGCCGUGCAUGAGAUCUUCUUUGACGAACGCGAGUGCAUCGGUCACAGCAACAACCUUUACGCCCCGUCGCGCCUGCUGAGUGACAGCGAGAAAGCGACGCUGAUCAAGCAGCUGCGGGAGAGCGAUCCCAAGGGCUGGGCGGCCAUCCAGGAGGCGCUCGACGAAGCCGAACCGCAUGACGAAAUAACGCGGCGCAACCCGCUGCUCACGGAGCAGGACGCGGACGGCAACAUCCACGCGGUGGCGACGAUCGUCGUCGCCCUGGACGACGCGGACCGCAUCAAGGGCGCGAUGGCGUCGCGGCGGGUCUCCGACGGGACCAAGCACAAGAAGAGCGGCAAGACGUACUUCGGCUCGCCCGCGCGCGACGAGUUGAAGCGCGCGCUCUUCGUCGGCACGUCGCGAAUUUUCAUGAUCGACGCCGCGGUCCUCCUCAACACGCGCGUCGCGUGGGUGGAGGCGGAUGCCAUAGAGACAUUGAAGGACGGCCUUGGCUGCCGGAUCGCGCCGCAGAGCCGCGAGGCUCCCAGGCUCCGGCGCAUGGAAGCGGGGCAGACCGUCGCCGGCGCGUCCCUGACGCGGCCGCGGGAGCGGCAGCGGGGCCGCGAGAAGGCCAUGCACGCCGAGGAAUGCAAGGGCAAGACGGAUGAAGCACGCGAGCGGAAGGCCAACGCCAGCUUCGGGAGCGCCGAGAUGUCGGCCGCGCAGGAACACGCGUUUCACAACCAUUCGGAGAAGCAGAAGGCGCGGAAGUUCGGCGGCGACGAGGUCUCCGAGUUCCAGCUCCUCUCGGCGGAGGCGAGGGCGAGGGGCCACAAGGCGGCGAACCUCUUGCGGAGCCACCUCGACCAGGGCGGCUCGCCCACCUUCGAGUGCGACGGCUACACGAUGCAGAUCCGCGACGACCCCUUCCGCGUCGUCGAGCACGCGCCGCUCAACAAGAACGGCGAGUACCUCUUCCGCCAAGGGCAGUGCAAGGGCGACUUCAAGAUCCACGUCGACGAGGUCGACUCCGACGGCGAGCCGCUCGACGAGCCGCGCGACGUCGACGACAGCGACUACGACAGCGACGACGACGACUCGGUGUGGCUCUGUUUCGACGUGGCGGCGGAGCUCAAGCUCCUCAAGCCCCACUUCGAGCACCAGCGGGAGAUCGCCGACAUGACCCGCCCCUCGCUCAAGCGCGCGCUCAAGGAGGACAAGCUCAGCAUCGCCGGCAACGUGCCGGAGCUCAAGAAGCGCCUCUACCUCCACCGGACGGGCAAGCGCAUCACGGAAGUGAAGUUCUAG